AUGAUCUCAAAUCCUGCUGUUUUCUGUCUACUGGUGUUUGUCACAAAGUGUGUGUUUGUCGCUGUGACAGAUGAAGUGAAGUCAGUGUCAGUGACUGAAGGAGAUUCUGUCUCUCUAAACACUGAUGUUAAAGUACAGAGAGAUUACAUGAUUCUGUGGAGGUUUGGACCUCAAAACACUCGAAUAGCUGAAAUCAUUAAAAGAGACCAAAUCAACUUUAUUUUUGCCAGUAAUGAUGGACGAUUCAGAGACAAACUGCUGUUGGACAAUCAAACUGGAUCUCUGACCAUCAGAAACAUCAGAUCUGAACACACUGGAGUUUAUGAACUGACUGUCAUCAUCAGUGAAAAAACCUCACUGAAGAGCUUCACUGUUACUGUGUACGCUCCUCUUCCCUCUCCUGUCAUCACCAGUAACUCUUCAAACUGUUCUUCAUCUUCAUCAUCUUCAAAUAAACGUUCAUCAGUGUCCAGAUGUUCACUGCUGUGUUCAGUUGUGAAUGUGAGUGCUGUGACUCUCUCCUGGUACAAAGGAAACAGUUUAUUGUCCAGCAUCAGUGUGUCUGAUCUCAGCAUCAGUCUCUCUCUACCUCUGGAGGUGGAAUAUCAGGAGAACAACAUCUACAGCUGUGUGAUCAACAAUCCCAUCACAAACCAGACCACACAUCUCAACAUCACUCAACUCUGUCACACGUGUGCAGAUGAGAAAAGUCUGUCAGAAUACACACAGAUCAUCUACCGUCUGCAGAUCACUGAUCAUCACCCAGAAUACACCACAACUCUUCAGGACUGA